AUGGUUCUAUGUGAUCAUGUGAAUCCGGAUUCCACAAACGAGAAGAUAAAAAGGAAAAAGUUUCAGCAACUAGUAGACAAGAAUUUGAUGGAAUAUAUUGCCUCAGUCCCCAAACUGAGAGGGAGAUGUCAAACAGAAAUGGACAAAGAAAACUGGAUGCAAGGAUGGGCUUAUAACAUUGAAAUAUCAGAAAACAAAGUGCAAAAGAAGUCCAUCAUCAUGGAUGCUCUUCUCAACAUUUACAAUCUCAAGCUCAAAUUGGAGGCAAUCAAAGGGGAACUUACAAACUUAAUUGCACUAAAAAGAGAAUACUUAAGCCUAAUGAAGCAACUCCAGUUGCCUAAGAAGGAGGUGAAGGUAGAGAAAGCUGAGAAAGGAUAUCUAGUAAGGGUGAUAUGCGAGAAGGGAGGAGAUAAACUAGUUUCAAUCUUAGAGGUCUUCGAAGAAAUGAGCCUUAUUGUAUUGCAUGCUAGGGUCUCGUGCAACUUGUAUUUUUCCAUGGAAGCCAUUGUUGUAGCUGAAGAACAGCAUGCUCUACAUGCGAAAAGUAUUACUCAAGCUAUUUCUAAUGCCAUCGAAAAACAAUAG